GCCUGGAGCCCCGCCCCCCGCGGCUUGCCUGAGGCGGCGGUGGCGGCGGCCGAGCCGAGUUGAGGCGCCUGGAUCCCGCUAUGGGGAACUGCCACACGGUGGGGCCCAACGAGGCGCUCGUCGUCUCAGGCGGCUGUUGUGGUUCUGAUAACAAGCAGUACAUCUAUGGCGGCUGGGCCUGGGCCUGGUGGUGCAUUUCUGACACGCAGAGGAUUUCCCUAGAGAUAAUGACGUUACAGCCCAGGUGCGAGGACGUAGAGACGGCGGAGGGGGUAGCUUUAACUGUCACAGGUGUGGCCCAGGUGAAAAUAAUGACCGACAAGGAGCUCUUGGCCGUCGCUUGUGAGCAGUUCUUGGGGAAGAACGUGCAGGACAUCAAGAACGUCGUUCUGCAGACCUUGGAGGGACACCUCCGGUCCAUCCUGGGCACUCUGACGGUGGAACAGAUCUAUCAGGACCGAGACCAGUUUGCCAAGCUGGUGCGGGAGGUGGCAGCGCCGGAUGUGGGCAGGAUGGGCAUCGAGAUCCUCAGCUUCACUAUCAAGGACGUCUACGAUAAAGUCAGCUACCUGAGCUCCCUGGGGAAAACCCAGAUUGCCGUGGUCCAGCGAGAUGCCGAUAUCGGGGUGGCCGAGGCCGAGCGAGAUGCCGGCAUCCGGGAGGCCGAGUGCAAGAAGGAGAUGCUGGACGUGAAGUUCAUGGCGGACACCAAGGUGGCCGACUCCAAGAGGGCCUUUGAAAUGCAGAAGGCCGCCUUCACUCAGGAGAUCAACAUUAAGAAAUACAGCACAACAAUGAUGAAAACCAUCCUGAAUGCACUUUGGGUCAAUAUAAAAGAGGGGGGAAAUAUGACAUUACCAUAG